CUGAAACAGAAGUUUCCUUUUUUUCUUGUUAUUUGAUUUCCGUAAGAAAGAGAAGCAACAAAGGAGAAAAGCCAAAGUAUAAGCCUCUAGAAUGUUGAUGAGAAACAGUAGUACACAAAGAAUUGUGGCUAAUUUGUUUUGAUAUUGAAUCAUUGGGGUGUGUGCAAUGAAGUGUUUUUACUACUUCAAAGACAAAUCCAGGAGUAGUAAACAAAGAUCAGCACCUGAACUGAAAGAGCAAGAGAAACACCAGUUUUCAGGAGGUGAAAGGGUAACCAAGUCUUCAUGUUCAUCAUCUGCCUCACCUCGUGGGAUACCAGAAAUGUAUGAGGAGAAGGCUCAUAAUUUGAGGGUCUUCUCCUUAACAGAGCUCAAGCGUGCAACAAGUGAUUUCAGCAGGCUUCUUAAGCUAGGAGAAGGUGGAUUUGGAACUGUGUAUAAAGGUUCAAUAAAGCCUGUUGAUGGGAAUGGUUAUCCUGUUUUGGUUGCCAUCAAAAGGCUUAACAAGGAUGCAUUGCAGGGUCAUAAGCAAUGGUUGACUGAAGUUCAGUUUCUUGGUGUUGUGGAGCAUCCAAAUCUUGUCAAGCUUAUUGGAUACUGUGCUUUGGAUGGUGAAAGAGGGAUCCAGAGACUACUUGUGUAUGAAUACAUGCCAAAUCAAAGCUUAGAAUUUCAUCUUUUCAAUAAAGCAUAUGAUCCUCUGCCUUGGAAAACAAGACUUGAAAUAGCACUUGGAGCAGCUCAAGGGUUAUCCUAUCUGCAUGAAGAAUUAGAAAUUCAGGUGAUAUAUCGAGAUUUUAAAUCUUCAAAUGUAUUACUGGAUGAGAAUUUUAAGCCAAAACUUUCUGAUUUCGGACUUGCUAGGGAGGGACCAGUAGCUGGGGAUACUCAUGUUUCAACUGCUGUGAUGGGGACAAAUGGUUAUGCUGCUCCAGAUUACAUUGAGACAGGGCAUCUAACAGCCAAGAGUGAUGUGUGGAGUUUUGGUGUGGUACUAUAUGAAAUGCUUACUGGCAGGCGUUCAUUGGAAAGAAACAGACCAAAAAUGGAGCAGAAACUUGUAGAAUGGGUGAAGCAAUAUCCUCCUGAUAACAAAAGGUUUUGCUUGAUAAUGGAUCCAAGACUUGAAGGACAAUAUCCCAUUAAUGGAGCAAGAAAACUAGCCAAGCUUGCGGAUCAUUGCCUGCGUAAGAGUGCAAAAGAUAGGCCAACAAUGAGUCAGGUGGUAGAGAGAUUAAAGCAGAUUAUAAUGCAAGCUUCUGAUGAAGAAUACCCUGCAGAAAAAAGUCUUGAGGUAUCUGAGAAUGAUCCACUUGAGCCUGAAGAAAAGCCUAAUCAAUCUUCCUCUUCAGAAUUAUGGAAAAAGAGGAUGGAACAUCUUGCAAAACUUGGUGAGCAUGUGGAGAGUGCAAGUAGAAGAAGAUUUAUGAUCCUACAAAGAACCAAUGUGCCGACAUAGUUUCAUCUGGGCAAUGAUGUGAUAUACACAAAUCAGGAAAAUUUAUGUAAUAGAUGUAUAGAAUAGUGAACAUCACUACAUAGCCAAUGAUCUUCUUUUUGUUGAGUGGCCAUAUAUUUUGUUUCAUAUCAAUGGGAUCUAUAU